AACUGUCAAUGUCAAACAUUCCAGUUUUCAAUAUUUUCAAUAUGAAAUGCUCACGUUAUGGCAUACGUAUCCGUGAAUAUUGUAAAACGAAGAAGAUGGAAGAGAUUCAAUGACGUUUUCAACAAUAAGAAAUUACGUAGAGUUUUAAAAAUUGGCAAAAUGAAAUAUGCACAUAUAUCAGUAUUGUGAAAUGAAUAGUUUUAUCAUAAUAACAUCCGUUAUUGUUUCAGUAUUGUGUGCAAUUCUAACAUCUUUGCAGCAUUAUUAUUCCAUCAAGUAUUUCAAAGAACCUGUAAUAAGAUACGAUCCUCCCUUAUUUGAUGAUUUCAUACCAACAGAUGAUACAAGUCUUAGUUAUUAUUCCCUAGAGGAUGAUACUAUAUUACAGGGUUUGAGUGAUGUUUUAGAUCCUCCAAAAUUGCAUGAAAAUACUAGAGAACAAGCAACUGAGACAGAAGUUCAUAAUACACUACAAGCUGCUCUUGCCUUUCACAUCACAGGUAAAAUAAAUAAAGCAAUGAAAUUAUUUGAACAUGCAGCAGCAAUGGCACCAUCAGAUGCAGAUGUACUUAACAAAUAUGGAGAAUUUCUAGAAAAAACUCAGAAAGAUGUGGUCACAGCAGAUGAAUUAUAUUUUAAGGCUCUCACAUAUUCUCCAGAUCACCCAGCUGCUCUUAUGAAUAGAAGAAGGACAGCACAAGUUGUAGAUAAAUUGGAUUUAGAAAUGUUGAAAAUGAUUGAUAAUAAAAGAGAUAAUUUGAAGGAAAUGUUCAGUAAGAACUCAUUUGAUAGUAUUAAGAAGCAAGCAUAUUUUUUACAUAUAUAUCACACUGUUGGCAUUGAAGGAAAUACAAUGACUAUUGAUCAAUUGAAAUAUUUACUUGAAACAGGGCAAGUUGUUUCAGGUAAAAGUAUCAUUGAACAUAAUGAAGUAAUAGGACUCCAGUUAGCUAUGAAAUAUGUAAAAUUGUUAACUAGAAAAAACUACAUUAGUGUCAAUGAUAUAUUAGGAAUUCAUAGACGAGCAAUGGGUCAUGUAGAUCCAGUCAAAUCAGGUCGAUUUCGUAAUGAGAAAGUCUUCAUUGGAAAGCACAUUCCUCCUCCGCCUAAAGAACUUCCUUCAUUAAUGGAAGCCUAUGAAUAUUGGUUAAACUCUGAAGAAGCUCAACAAUUGCAUCCAGUUCGUUAUGCUGCAUUAGCACAUUAUAAAUUGGUGGAUAUUCAUCCAUUUCACGAUGGCAAUGGUCGUACAAGUCGUUUAGUUAUGAAUUUAAUACUUAUUCGGGCAGGAUACCCUCCUGUAAUGGUUUUGAAAGAUCAGAGGGAAAAAUACUAUGAUGCUUUGAAUGCUGCUAAUUUGGGGGAUGUGAGGCCAUUUGUUAGGUUUAUUGCACAAUGUACGAUCCAAAUUCUUGAUAUGUAUAUGUAUGGAACUGAAGUUAUGUCAAUUGGAAAUGUUGAAAAAGAAAUAAUAAAUUAUUAAACAUUCAAAUAAAGUA